CGCAUCGAGCCAGAUAAAGCUUUCUAGGGUUUCUUCUUUAUAUUCCGAGAUCUUCUGCCUUCUUUUCAGAUAUCGUUUACCUUCUGGUAGUGGGUUGGAGUUUCGGAGUCCCUAGGGUUGGUGUUUCUCUGAGUUCAUUGCUCUGAGGGUUCUCGAGCUUUGCGCUUUCUUUCUGGUUUUUCUUGAGAACUUCGUGUGUUUGCUUUGGUCCUGUUUGGAGGGAAUUAGGGUUUUGGAGGGAAUUAGGUUUAUCAAGUAGGAAGAACUAGGGUUUUCUGGUUCGAGGGAUUAGGGUUUUGGUGAAAGAUUUGGUAGGAUCAUACAUGGCUGCAAUUCAACACGUUCAAGAAGCUCGCACCUCUUAUUUCCUUGUUAUUUGCUCCCCUUCAGUGUUUAUUUAGCCCUUUGGUGAAGCCCUAGGGUUUUCGAGGCGGAGCUUCUUUCUUCUGCUAUCUGUUUUGGGUUCGAGAAAUCCUAGGGUCUUUAGUUCCAGAGCCUUCUCGUUCUCCUCUUUCUCUCUCUCUCUCUCUCUCUCUCUCUGUCUAUUUAUCUAUCUUGCUUUUUGAUUUCGGAGAUUUUCUUGGUUAAAGAACCCUGGCGAUUGUACAGUUACCCAAGUUUUCUCUCACAUCUCUCUGCAAUCUCUCGAUCAGAGAGAUGUCUAGCAUAAAGUCUGAUCCUCUGUACAAUGACACGGAGCCAUUUGUGGAGAUUGAUCCUUCAGGGAGAUUUGGGCGUUACAAUGAUCUUCUAGGCUCUGGGGCUGUGAAGAAAGUUUACUGGGGUUUUGAUCAAGAAGAAGGCAUCGAAAUCGCAUGGAACCAGGUUCACCUAGGAAAGUUCUCUGGUGAUGAACGAAUGGUGAAGAGGCUUCAGUCUGAGGUCUGUUUAUUGAGGUCUUUGGGGCAUAAGAAUAUCAUUACUCUCUAUGCUGUGUGGUUGAAUAGAAAGAACCAUACCCUAAAUUUCAUUACAGAGGUCUGCACUUCUGGGAACUUGAGGGAAUACAGGAAGAAGUACAAGAAUGUGUCUCUCAUGGCUUUGAAGAAAUGGGCGAGGCAAAUUCUAAGGGGUUUGGAGUAUUUGCAUAAGCAUGAGCCUUGCAUCAUUCACAGGGAUCUCAAUUGUAGCAAUGUCUUCAUCAAUGGCAAUGUUGGUGAGGUGAAAAUAGGAGACCUUGGCCUUGCUGCCAUUGUUGGGCGUGACCAUAUUGCUCACUCCAUACUUGGUACGCCUGAGUUCAUGGCACCUGAGCUUUAUGAAGAGGACUACACAGAGAUGGUUGAUAUAUACUCCUUUGGUAUGUGUGUCUUGGAGAUGGUCACCGUGGAAAUCCCUUACAGUGAAUGCGACAGUGUGGCCAAGAUUUACAAGAGGGUUAUCCAUGGCAUAAGGCCCUUGGCUUUGAGGAAGGUGAAAGACCCUGAAGUUCAAGCUUUUAUCGAGAAGUGUUUGGCGAAACCUCGUGAGAGACCAUCAGCCUCAGAGCUCCUCAAAGACCCAUUUUUUGAUAACUUGGAGGAUCUGGUGUAAAGAGGUUUAUUAUUCUUAAUUUUUCUUUUGCAUUCUUUUGCUAUUGUUUCACGGGAAGUUCUGGUCUCAUUCUUUUGGCAAGUGUAAAAAGUGGUGGUAUUUUUUUUGGUAGUACAUAGUCAUGAUUCAAUUAAGUGGGAUGCCUCUAGAUUAGUCUUUUUGUACCAUUCCACUAAUUUUGUAAAAAAUCAUGACUCCCUGAUUUUGGUGACCACGUUUUUUAUGUUUAUAUUGUAUUUUAUUUUCAUUACAUGAAGAGAUGGAUUUAAUUUAUGUCAUUCUUUGUCUUUUACUUCAG